AUGGCUUCGAAUACAAUCGUGUUUGUACUCGUGAUAUUGGGUUUGUUUUUGUCCCAGUGUCAUUGUCCAUGGGUCAGAACAGGCAAUCCUGGAGGCCACAAAUCGGAAGGUUCUUGCGAAUUGUACCUAACCAGGAACGUAUCAGCCCUUGUCGAAGGAAUACCUGUUCAAUUCGCCUGUUCUGUUGGGCGAUAUUGUAAGCGCGAUGGACGCAUACGUGUGUUCCUCAACGGCAGCCCAACAGAUGAACCAAUAAGCGACGCCUCGACCAGCAACAUGAGCUUUGUUCCUGACAGAAACUACUCGGGGUUGCUGCUGGAAUGCAUGUAUCUUGACGGUGGUCUACAAUCAUUGGUAAAGAGCAUCACAUUGGAUGUGACAUUUCCACCCAAACGAGUCGCUGUGAGUAGCAGCUCAAUGAACUGCAACCGAACCUGCCGUGCAGAACUCAUUCCAUGGCAAACCUACGAGUUCAAAUGUCGAUCAGUUGACUCUAAUCCACCCUGCACAUUCAACUGGACACUCGAAGAUCCCGAUGGACGCGCCCCCGCUAUUACUCCUGAAAAUGCGACCUGGGUGGUGAGCAAAACUCUUGAUGCCGGAUGGGACGCGACCAGCAGUGUCAGGCUGGAGGCUCUGCCGAACUACCACCGCAGAAUCAUGCGCUUUCCACCCAAACGAGUCGCUGUGAGUAGCAGCUCAAUGAACUGCAACCGAACCUGCCGUGCAGAACUCAUUCCAUGGCAAACCUACGAGUUCAAAUGUCGAUCAGUUGACUCUUAUCCACCCUGCACAUUCAACUGGACACUCGAAGAUCCCGAUGGACGCGCCCCCGCUAUUACUCCUGAAAAUGCGACCUGGGUGGUGAGCAAAACUCUUGAUGCCGGAUGGGACGCGACCAGCAGUGUCAGGCUGGAGGCUCUGCCGAACUACCACCGCAGAAUCAUGCGCUGUAGCGUGUUGCAUCCAAACAACCUGACCGUCUUCAGAGAAAUCAGUCAAGUGCUACUUGUAAAUACAGAAGUUGUUGUUGUUGUCUCUACUGCCGGAUCUCCCGGCAUCGCCACUAUACUCAUCGUCGGCUGCAGCCUCGAACUACUAGCAGCACUCUGCAUCCUCGCAUAUGCCAUAAUCAUAAACUACGUGUGUGCGCGUAAGACGGAGAAGAGGGGUACUACCCCUCCCGAACCAGACCAAUCAUCGGCUGUUCAGGGAGAGUGUGACCUGCCUGUUGAUGAGAUCGACGACAUCUCAUUAGCCGAGGACCAUGCCCAAAAGGUUCGAAGCUUUAAACCAGAUCGCAUCACCGUUCUCCACAAACUUGGCGAAGGAGCGUUUUGCGUGAUUUACAAGGGAAUUGCUGACGGUAUCACACAGGAGGGCAGGCAAGACACGGUAGCUGUAAAAAUGCUGAAAGCAUGGGUACCCGGGUCCAGCGAAGUAAUUAAUUUCAUGAAGGAAUUGAACAUCUGCAGAACACUGGAGGAACACCCGUAUGUCAUAAGGACCCUUGGGUGCUGCUUGGAACAAGAGCCCUACUGUCUGAUUUUCGAGUACGCGCCAAACGGAAACCUAGCGAAUUUCCUGAAGGAGAAGAAGCGAGAAUGGAGGGACAAAUCUCAUAUCGCACCGAUCAGCUCCGAUCAGAUCAUCAAGUUUGCCUGUCAGAUUGCCAGCGGCAUGCAUUAUUUGUCGUCAAUGAAGAUCAUCCACAGGGAUUUGGCCGCUCACAACAUCCUCCUGGGCGAGGAUCUGAUGUGUAAAGUUUCAGAUUUCGGCUUCUCUCGUGACAUCAUAGCCAAGGAAUUCUACCAGAUGUCCUCAUCUGGGGCUGUUCCUCUUCGUUGGAUGGCUCUCGAAUCAAUCGUCGACAAUAUCUACACCAGCAAGUCCGACGUCUGGUCCUACGGAAUCUUGUUAUGGGAGAUGGUUACAAUGGGGACCCAUCCUUACCCUGGGAUCGAGGUCGAAGAUAUAAUUGAUGCCUUAAAAAAUGGCAGGCGUUUGCCCCAGCCCUCUCAUUGUGGUGAUAAACUUUACACCGUCAUGAAGGAGUGCUGGCACCCCACGCCAACGUCACGCCCGAAAUUCGAUAGUAUACUUAACGACGUUGUUUCCAUGUCCAACGAUCCAUCGAAAUAUCUCCAGAUGUCAAAGUUCACAGAAGAGUAUUAA